AUGCUGCAGCGUACAGUGGAAGUAACUGCAGAUCGGGAAGAGAAACUUGCUCAGUUACUCCAAAGCAACAGGACAAGUGGGGAGUGCAAUGAAGCAGUGGAGGACCUUGUCAAACGGUACGCUCAUGCCUUUGCGGUGAGCGAACAAGAGCUCACUCAAACAACGCUAGUGGAACACAGUAUCGAGACCGGUGAUGCAAUGCCCAUUAGGCAGAAAGCCCGUCCGGUGCCACUAGGCACGCGAGUGGAGCUACGACGCAUUCUGAAUGAUUUGCAAGAACGAAAGAUCAUUGAACCAAGUAAAUCGAGUUGGGCUUCGCCCAUCGUGUUGGUGCAGAAGAAGGACGGAACUCUCAGAUUAUGCGUGGAUUAUCGGAAGCUCAAUCAGAUCCAGGACGGACCCGCCGCCGACUUCAAAAUGCCAUUCCGCAAACGGUCACCCGUGGACCGAUGGAUGAGCAGCAAGGGAGUCGAACGAGGACCAAAAGCGAAGGCGAACGAGUAUUCUGCAGACACAGGACUCCCGCAUGGACACACGCCCACAAAUGAUCCGAAAAUUUGGAAAGGAUCGUACCCAGCAGCCGAGCUCUUCCAGUGA